AUUCGUUGUCCAACAAAUUGAGGCAAGUCGUUCUCGAUAGCUGUGGAUACGGUAUUUUUGUUGAAUGUCAGCGAACAAUCAGCGAUAUCUCCCUUCCUAAAAAAAUAGAGAGUCUUGCCCACAGCGUUGGUUGGAUGUCUGCCUGUCAAAUCGUUUCGGUGCCAACAUUGACGGAACUUGGCAUUUUUAUAUACGAAAAGAACAAUCAGAAACGUUUUAAUAAUCUUAUUGAAAAUAUCACCUAUCUUAAAAAUGACAUCUGGGUGUAUGUUCGCUACCUCCAGACCGGACAGAUUGAAAAAAAACUUAUCUCAAAGAACGUGCAAAUUCUUGGUAGGCUUCGUACUGGAAUCUCAAUUUCUAUCUUGGAAAACUUUGAAAAUGGUUCAAGUGCAUGGAGUGAUAACCUUUUAAUUGUGAAGCUUAAAGCUUGUGCUGGCGGUCGAUAUAUUGUAACCGCAGGAUCAGGAGACAAUGCUAUUGUGUUUAAGACAAAGUUGCAAACUGGCUUUAAAGAUCGUGCGAUACAGA